AUGGAUUUGCGCACGAUCAUGAACAGCGACGCCGGCGCUUCCAAUCCUCCACCCCCCAACAACUCGACCAGCUCGCCCAUCUCCGCCCAAGCCCCCCCAAAACGCACAAAGAAAUCAGCUUCCUACUCCGAAUAUUCUGCUCAUCCACCUCAACACCCAUUGCAACCAUUGCACGCUUCCCCCGACCAAACCUCGCCUUACACCACUGCCCAGUCGCCAUAUCAGCAAUAUCACGGCCCAGGGGUAAACACAGCAGUGCAGAUUCCGCGCGGUCAAAGUCCUACACACAUCUCGACACCCUACGGUUCAGCAACGCGUGAUCCGUCUGGCGCGUCGGGAUACCCAUCACAGCCCCAACACUCGAGUGGCCCGUUAGCAUCGCCUUAUACACCACAGUCUUUAAGCGCAGGACCACAGCAGCCAGACCAGCAGUCAUAUUUUGCCCAGCAACGCUCUCACUCUCUGCAAUCGGUUGUGACCAACCCCCGGCCCCCAACCGACCCCUUCCGCCCUAGAGACAGCCCGCCCGCUGCACCGGAAGCUGUCCCCUCGCAACACUUCUCACCUGCCCAUCGAUCCGUCCCGGGUACUCCACUUGGUCCUCCUCCUACCUUUGUCUCUCGUCAGUCGUCAUCGACUGCUCGCCCACCAUCCUCCGGUCACGACUCGCGCAACCCCCUAUCCAGUCCGAGAGUCGCGCACGAAUUUCAAACCCGGGAUCACGUUCAGACCGAGUCACCUGUGACCCAGAGACAUUCAUCAGUGUACAGCUCUCGCCCCUCCGAGCCAACACCUCAUCCUCCCUCACUCGGCUUCAAGCGAGAGCAAAUUGAGAGCGCCAGUCCUCAAUCUACCCGUCACAACAGUAUCGCCGGAACUUCAGAACCAGCAACGAGUGGUCCAGCUCGCUCGUCUGAAGAUAGAGAAUUGGUCGAUAGUCCCACGAUACCCAAACACAAUUCAGUAGGAUCUGGUUUGUUUACCUCUCCCACUGCGCCGAGCAGCCAGGUCAAUAGUUCACCAGCAGGUCCACGCGGAGGUGUGCAUCCUGUGAAGAUGGAAAUCGACAAUGCGUCUCAUGCGGCGCCUCAACAGCCUCAGCAAAAGAGGAGAAGAUACAAUGAGCCUCCAAUCUAUGCUCAGAGGUCGGCUCGCACUAGAGGCAAAUGUCCGCUCAUCCCAAAUCCCCGCCCUCCAAUUCCAAAGCAUGCCCGUCCAACACAACAGGAGACUUGGGCAGCACGCAGACGCUCCUCGUCAACAAUGGCUGUUACACCUUCUGCACGAGUCACCAGAGCGCCUACCGUGGCUUCACCGAGUACCAACGGGCCAACGCCCGUGCCGGCCCCGCCAUCAAGUACCUCGCAGUCUGGAGGUUCGCUCGGACCUUGGGAGCCGUCUAUAACUGGAUUCAUUCCACAUGAAGAAGUUACAAAGACUCUUUGCGAUUUCUUGUUCAAACAUGUGGUGUUGAGAACUGAUGUCAACGCAGGACCCGCAGGCUCGGCAGCUGCUGGUCAAGGUGCAAUCAUUGAGGUUGAGGCGAAACUGGGUCACAUUAUCGAUAUGGACAGCAGAGAUAGGAUUAACCUCCCCAUUCUCACCGAGAGCGUGAUCAACCGGGAGAGCGCCCGGUUCCGGACAUCGUUUGAGAGUACGAUGACUGUCGAACAACACCGCGCCAUGAACAAUUUCCUCAACGAGACCGUCAAAGCGUCAAUGCCACAACAGAAUCCGACCCGAAUCCCCCUCUCCUAUGCGCACAAGAAAGAGCGUGAUACCUUUUACGAGGUUCAGGCAUCUGACCUUCCCCCCGUCAUCCGUCAAAACUUGAACCCGCGACACAAACCCAAAGUCCGAGUGACCACCGACCAACGCACAGGAGAAGUUCUCGCCAAAAUUGUUAAAUGUCGAGUUGCCGACAUCGAUGUGUGCAGUCCACGCACAACUGUUGAUUGGCGCGUCAGUGUCAAUCUCGAAAUGGAAUACCCCGGAGAUGUCAGCACCCUCACUAUGGUAGAUGUUGCAGGACGAGGCGAGCGCAACAAAGAUCGCAUGAGCUACAGCCAUUUGGCAUAUCAGGUGGACCUGACCCAAGUAGCCAAAUCCGAGCAACAACCGGACAAGAAUGAGUUUGAGCACGAGCUUGAAGUUGAAGUCUCUGCCGCUGAAAUUCGUCGCCAAGGUCAACUGGCCAUGGCCGGCGAUCCAAAGAACCAAUAUGAGGACCUUGUCAAGGGCUUUGUUGAUAACAUUCGCCUGUUAGCUCGAGCUGUACCACCUUGA